AUGAUAAACCGAAAAAUAAAGUUGCUUUUCAAUGGUAAUGGUGCUGUUGGUAAAACAAGUCUUCUUAUUAAGUACACAACUGGUGAAUUUCCUUGUGAAUAUGUACCCACUGUAAUGGAAUGCUGUACAAUGAAUGUGACUUACAAAGACAUUAAAUUUAAUAUGGAAUUGUGGGAUACCGGCGGAGGAGAGGAUUACCCUCGUUUGAGACCGUUGAGCUAUCCAAAUACGACAUGUUUUGUUCUAUGUUUCUCACUUGUUAAUUUGAACUCUUUUAAUAGUCUCAAAACAACUUGGUUGCCAGAAAUCAGACACUUUGACCAAGACAUUCCAAUAUUGCUUGUUGGUCUUAAAAGUGAUUUGAUAGAAUCAAAUGAAAAAAUUGAAAGUUGUUAUUUUAGAUAUAUAUAUCAAAAAAUAACAACUGAAAAAUGUCUUCAAAUGGCUAAAGAUAUAGGAGCAAACGGAUACAUCGAAUGUUCUUCUUUUAAUAAUAGUAAUGUUAAUGUGGUUAUUAAAAAAGCCAUUCAGUUAAGUUAUGAGUAUCUUCGUACUUAUAAAACAUUCAAAAAAUAA